AUGCAUCGAACCGGUCUACUAGCCUUGCCGUUGCUCCUCUCCUCUCUCGCACUCGCCAGUCCACAGGUCAACACAGGGACGCUGAGCGGACUGCCUGCCUGUGCUCAAGAUGCGGCCAGCGCUGCUCUGGUGUCCUCGGGAUGCCCGCUGACCGACACAUCCUGCAUCUGCAGCUCGACGGCAUUCAUCAAUGCCAUCACCAACACGGUCACGCAGUCUUGCUCUCCCGCUGACGUUGCAACUGCGGUGGAGUUUGGCCGGACCAUCUGUGGCCCGGCUCUUGCUGCAGGCGCAGGCUCGUCGCCCAGCUCUACGCAGGCAUCCAGUCCCUCAACCGAGGCCGCUGCAACCGCUCCGCCCACCAGCACCGAUACUGACACCGACGCCGAUUCGUAUGGUGCAUCGACGACCGCGAUCCCCGUCACUUUGACCUCGGUCACCAGCAUCCCUGACGCCAGCAUGACUAUGAGCACCACCUCGUGGGUAUCGACGUCCACCAUGCCUGCAAAUAAUGCCACGGCCAUGAUGACCUCCCUCUGCAGCAGCCCGACCUUGGUGGCUCCGUCCACCGGCACCAACGCAAACCCUGCCACGUAUACUGGUGCCGCUGUGACCGUGACAGGCACCACCGGCCAGGGUCUCCUGGCUGUGCUGAUUGGCCUUGCCGGUGCUCUCGCUUUAUUUUAA